AUGGUAGAUGUGAAUAAACCAGAUUUAGUGGCGGUACUUGAACCGAGAAUAAGUGGACUGAAUGCGGAUGAGUUUCUCGAAAAAAGGCGGUUUGAUCGGUCUUUCAGAGUGGAAGCAAAAGGAAUUUCGGGUGGUAUCUGCCUUAUUUGGAAUGAGACGAUAGAAGUUGAAAUACUAGAAUGUCAUCGCCAAUACAUUCAUACUAGAAUUUGGAGAGGAUCGGAAAGCUUCCUCACCACGUUCGUGUAUGCAAGCCCAACACAAAGUAUUCGGCGGGCGUUAUGGCCGGAACUUCGACGAAUUUCAGAAGGAGUGCAAGAACCAUGGCUGUUGGGGGGAGACCUCAAUUUCACCCUGAGAUCAUCGGAGAAGAGAGGAGGUUCUCCAAACAAUGGGGGUCCCUGUAGUUGGUUUAUGGAUUGGGUUAUGCAAUCAGCUUGGCUGCUUCAUCAAGAUUUUGAUGUCGUGGGGAAGGAACAUUGGAAGCCGGCGGAGAAUUUUGUGGAGGUGGAGGGGAAUUUUGCAACUGGGGUGACGAAAUGGAAUAAUGUGUCAUUCGGAAAUAUUUUUAGAAGAAAAAGAAGAGCACUUGCACGACUUGGAGGAAUCCAGAGAGCGAAAGAAAAUUACACAUCUAAGAAGCUUGAGCGGUUGGAGGUGGAGAUAUCGAAAGAGCUUGAUGAUAUUUUGGCCCAAGAGGAGCUUCUCCUGAUGCAAAAAUCAAACAGGGAGUGGGUUUUACAUGGCGAUAAGAACUCCAAGUUCUAUCACUCGUUUGUGCGGAGAAGGAUACAGAGAAAUUGGAUCAAUGCCACAAAAAACGAUGAAGGGAAAUUAGUCGAGAGCCAGGAGGAAUUGCAGGAGAUUGCCACAAAUUACUUCAACGAACUUUAUGCAGCACCAGUGAUGGCACCUGUGGAGUAUGGUGUGAGGGACUGUUUUCCGCCAAUUCAACCGACCGAUGUGGAUAAUAUGGCAAGACCGGUGGAGGAGGAGGAGAUAGCAGCCACAUUGAAGGAAAUACAUCCCUUGAAGGCCCAUGAAAUUGACGGGUUGCACGCACUUUUCUUACAAAAGAAAUGGGCAACCGUCAAAAAUUCUGUUUGCACAUUGAUCUAG